AGGAUAUGACCGGACUCUGUCAGGUUAUCAUCUGUGUAAUAUGACUGAGUCUGUGUCAGAGGUGGUCUCCUCUGUGGUCUCCUAUCCAACCUCGUACACCCAGAGGAAACCGUGUGGUGGCUGGCUGCCAUGGACAAUGUGUGAUGUCACCGUUUAUAAGACUGAAUACCGAACACAGGUGUAUGACAAGCCCAAACAGGUCAUGAAAUGUUGCCAUGGCUAUGAACAAGUUGGGAGUUACUGUGCCUUGUCCUUGAACAGAAGUGCAGAAUUCACAUCCAAGCCAGGACUGUGUCCCCCAACAAGAGCGACAGGGUCUCUGUGUAAUAAUUCAAACUCCUCUUGCUCUGUGUGCAACUGGGACAUUGAUUGUCCUCAGUGGCAAAAAUGCUGCCUGAUCGAAAACACCUCCCCCAUCUCUCAGUGCUCAGACCCAGUACCAUCAGUCAACAGAACCUGGUGCUUCAAUGUGACAAUAACAGUUAAGACAACCUAUCAGCUAGUUACCAUGAACAAAGGACUCUUCAACCACACCAGACUGCUGCACUCUGUGGUAACUGGUGCUCUGGGAAUUGAUCAAAUUUCUGUGCAUCAUGUCUGGUCAAAAUCAGCAGGGCCCUUCACAACUUCUUCCUCACUGCUGGUUUGUUCUUCUAAAGUUAUCUUACUAGAAGACAUCUCUACAAAACUGUAUCUACUGGGAAUCAUUGAGGAGGUGACUAAUUUGGUGGUGCAAGAUGUGGAUGAAUGUGCAGUCCCGCAGUUGAACAGUUGUUCUCGACAUGCAAAAUGCACGAAUACAGAAGAGUCUUAUACAUGCACCUGCCGUCCUGGGUGUCUUGACCUCAAUCCUUCACAGCCAGGAACAGUUUGCAUGGCCCCCAGUGUCACUACACAACCUCCACCACCAACCACCACCACCACCACCCCAUCCUGGACUACGCACUCUCUACCACCACCAACCACCACCACCCCAUCCGGGACUACUCACUCUCCACCAGAUAAUAAAACUGAUGGAGGACAAACGAGUACCUUCUCAACAUCCACUGUUGAAACCUCUUCCUUCAGCCAAACAUCUUCUACAUGUGACUACACACCUGAGAUCAUCAGUAUCCUCUCUUAUAAUGUCACUGCAUCAUCCUUCCAUGUGGCAUGGACAACCAACAUCCAGAUUGGGGUCACCUUUCACCUGGUUCUGCUAAACGGGAGCAAUAAGAUACAAAACUGGAACGUGAAAAGCUAUAAUUGGACAUUCACAGACCUGAGUCCUGUGGUUCUUCAUACUGUACGUGUCACUCCAGUUGCCUGUGGUAAACAGGGAAACCCCAUAGAGAUCAAAGUGAGAACAGAUGGACAGUCUCUUGGAGCUACAGCCCGCUUGAAAGGCAGAAAUUAUACAGAGGCCAUGAAAGACCCAGCCAGUAAUGAAUAUAAGGAGUUCUGUGACAGUGUCAUAAAUGAGAUUCUUUUGUCCUUGUCUCCAGAGAUACAUGCACUAGUCAUCUCUGGACAGGUCAUCAUCCAGAUAACAUCCCUUUCAUCCGGCAGUGUAAUCGUGAACUUUUCCAUCAUAUUUCAACCCGGCAGCAACUUGAACAUGUCAAGCGUGUGCAGUGCUCUGAUGGGGUCUCUUCAGAACAGCUCCAUAUAUGUAGUAGACAGUAUACACAUAGCAGAUCCAGAUGAGUGUUUUCUGGAUGAGGCGGACUGCUCUCCAUGGGCUUACUGUAAUAACACUUUUGGCUCAUACAUCUGUGGCUGUUGGUCUGGAUACACAGACUUGAACCCCAGUAGACCAGGGCGCAGCUGUGCAGCUUCACCUACAAUAGUGACCGUUCAUCCCACCACAAACUACCCUGAAGAACCUUCAGAUUCCACGGGCACUACAACAUCUUCCACCACCAUGUUUGGGAACCCAACUAUGAGCAGUACAGCGAGCUCAACUCAUGUUCAGCACAACACAACAACGUCUUCAACUUCCACAGCUACUAACAGACCAACAACAGUGACGACCAACAUUCCUACAACAACACUUGCACCUACGACACAGAACUCUGUCAGAACUACAACUUCCGCUUAUCGGACAUCAAACAAUCCACCACAUUUGAUCUCCUAUGUAGCUGUUGAGUGCAUCCCGGGGUAUGUAACAGUCGUUAUAAAGCGAGACGUCUUGCACAACCAUUACAUCCAAGAGAGUUCCCUGUACCUCGGUAAACCAGAAUGUGGUCUCAGCGGGGGAAAUGCAUCCCAUGUGUGGCUCAGUACAUCUUGGGCAAAGUGUGGUACUAAACUAGCGCACAACGGCACCCAUAAUUUAGCUAACGUGACUCUAUAUAACAGCGUGAGCAAUGUUUCUUCUGUGCGUCUGGAAGUUCCUGUCAUUUGCUCUUACCCCAGAGGCAUCCUCAUCUCCACGGGAUACGCCCCCUCAGGGUAUUUUGAUAUGAUCAAUGACCCAGUGGCAGGAUCGGGUAGUUUCCAGGUUACUGUGCGGCUGCUGAAUGGGACGAUUCCUUUACCUGACAAUUUCACCCUCUCCCCUGAUGAUGAAAUCAUUGUAGAGGUUGGGGUCAACACUACUAUCUCCCAAAUCAAAGUUGUCAUCGACAAGUGCUGGGCCACUUCCAGCAGCGACUCAUCAGAGUCUCCCUACUACCUGUUUCAGGAUAGUGGGUGUCUGGUGACAAACCCAUACACAACUGUCCUUCAGAACGGAAACGACACUGUAGCUUUGCUAUCAGUGCGGAUAUUCAAAGUUGUAAAUCUUUAUGUCAUCUACCUGCACUGCCAGAUCCAGAUCUGUGUUGAAAUUCAGGACGGCGCCUGCAGACCUGUUUGUAUGAAGACAUACAGGUCGUCUAACGUAGCUGGAGUGACAAAGGCUUCCGUUGGACCCAUAAAGAGAAUACGUCCAAUCCAAACAGAUACAUCAAAUAUUCUGCAGUCUGUUGGAUUUAUUCUGCUUGGUGUUGGUGUGUUUCUGUUUUCCCUGGCUGCCAUUGCAGGAUUGAUGUAUCAUAAAAGGAAAAUCGGCAACUACAACUUCCGUUGCAAACCACAGCAGCAGAACUUCACCUAUCAUGUUUUUGACACAUAACUGCACUCAAAUAGUUAACUGUAGUUGUAAACUGAUCAUUUUAUUAUUGGAUAUUACUAAUAGGCACAGUAUAUAGAAAAUUUAAUUAAUGGUUUAGAUUAAUGGAAUUAAUGGAUUUGACUAUAUUUUUGUAGAAAAACAAUCUACUAUGAAAGUUAUUCUUCAUUUUUUUGUUUUGUUUUUUUGUCAGCACU